AUGCCCUUGGUCAAGAGCGUCGAGCUCCUCGUCGACUUCCUCCGCAACGGCCACGGCCGCACCACGUUGUUGACCGGCGCCGGCAUCAGCGUCGACAGCGGCAUCAGGGCAUAUCGCGGCCCAGGCGGCUCUUACACGAUCCGCAAGCAUCGCCCAAUCUUCUACGGCGAGUUCAUCAACGACGAGAAGAUGCGGCAGCGGUACUGGGCCCGCUCGUACCUCGGCUAUCCUCCAGUGCGACGAGCAGAGAGCAACCCGACGCACUACGCCAUGGCUGCGCUACAGAAAAUGGGCUACAUCUCGACCCUCAUUACGCAAAACGUCGACGGUCUGCAUCAUCGUGCUUACGCCGAGGACCUGUCGGCCUACCUCGCGCCGGCGCCCAUCAAGCCCAAGGAAACGCCCGACGCGCCGCUCCCGACCCUCGACCCGUCCAUCCUCGAGCUGCACGGCACGCUCCGCCACGCGCACUGCCUCUCGUGCCACACGCCGACCGGCCGCGACGCGUUCCAGGACCGCCUGAGCGAGCUCAACCCGGCGUGGCACGAGUUUCAGCGCGAGGUCGAGAGCGGCACGAGGGAGCACAAGCUCAACCCGGACGGCGACAUCGAGCUCGGGCAGGGCGUCGACUAUGCCGACUUCAAGGUGCCGGCGUGCGGCGAGUGUGGCGGGCCCAUGAAGCCGCGCGUGAUCUUCUUCGGCGAGUCGCUCGAGCCUCUCACUCGCCGCCUCUCGGAGCACCUCGUCUCGACCUCGUCGCAGCUCCUCGUCGCCGGCUCGUCGCUCGCCACCUUUUCCGCCUUCCGCCUCGUGCGCCAAGCCAAGGAGCAAGGCUCGCCCGUCGGCCUCAUCAACAUCGGCGAGAGCAGGGGGGACCCGCUCGUCGACUGGCGCGUCGGCUGGGAGGGCGGCGCCGGUGACGUGUUCCCGCUCGUCGUGCGCGAGCUCUUGCGCGACGAGAAGCAGCCACAGGUCAAGGCCGAGGUCGAGCGCAUGUUGACGCUCGGCACGGUCAAGAAGGUGUUGCCGGGACCGCCGACGGGCUGA